AUGGCUUCUGAACAAGCUAUCUUUGACGCAGAGGUGAAAGCUCUGGAGGAGUUUCAAAAACAACCUCGUUUCGCACGAGUACAUCGACCUUUCUCCGCUGCAGACGUAGUCUCCAAGCGAGGUACUCUGACCGUCCAAUACCCGUCCGACGUACUGGCGAAGAAGCUCUGGAAGAUCCUCGAAGCUAAGAAAAGAGGUGAAGGUGGUGGAUGUACAGCCACCUACGGAGCCCUUGACCCCGUUCAGCUCACUCAAAUGGCAAAGCAUCUUGAAACUGUUUAUGUAUCAGGUUGGCAAUGUUCUUCCACCGCCUCAAGCUCUCUAGAACCUGGACCUGAUCUUGCGGAUUAUCCAUCCAAUACUGUGCCCAAUAAGGUAGCUCAACUAUUCACGGCACAGUUAUUCCAUGAUCGUAAACAAAGAUGGACUCGAACAACCGCUUUACAGCGAGGCGAACAACUUGGUCCUCCAAUCGACUACCUACGUCCAAUCGUAGCUGAUGCAGAUACAGGUCAUGGAGGUCUAACUGCCGUCAUGAAAUUGACUAAAAUGAUGGUCGAAUCUGGAGCAGCUGGUAUUCACGUCGAAGAUCAAGCCCCCGGUACCAAAAAGUGUGGUCAUAUGGCUGGAAAAGUCCUUGUACCGAUUUCCGAACAUAUCAACCGACUCGUAGCCAUGCGAUUCCAGUGUGAUAUCAUGGGAACAACCAAUCUUGUUGUAGCUCGAACGGACUCUGAAGCCGCCACUUUAAUUACGUCCAACAUUGAUCCUCGAGACCAUUCUUUCAUUCUUGGUUCGACAAAUCCUGACUUGAUCUCGCUGAAUGAAAUCAUGGUCGCUGCCGAGCUUGAAGGUAGAACGGGAGAAGCAUUGCAACAAGUAGAAGAUGAGUGGACUAAAAAAGCGAAUUUACAACUUUAUCCUGAAACCUUAGCUAAAGCAUUAUCUUCUCAAGGGGUUGAUCAAUCCAAGAUUAAAGAAUUCCUUUCUGCUGUAUCGGGUACAGCUCAUAUUUCACAUAACGGUACAUUGCAAUUAGCCACCAAGAAAUACGGAUUGAAGAAUCCUCCUUACUGGAAUUGGGAUACACCAAGAACAAGAGAAGGUUAUUAUAGAUAUCAAGGUGGUACCCAAUGUGCCAUUAAUCGAGCUGUAGCAUUCGCUCCUUACGCAGAUUUAUUGUGGAUGGAAACUAAAUCACCAAUUUAUGCUCAAGCUAAAGAGUUCGCUGAAGGUGUACACAAAGAAAGACCAGGUCAUUGGCUAGCUUAUAACCUGAGUCCAAGUUUCAAUUGGGAUGCGGCAGGCUUAGGUGAAACGGAAAUGAAAGAUUUCGUUUGGAGUUUAGGUAAACUUGGUUUCAUAUUCCAAUUCAUUACGCUCGCCGGUCUCCAUUCCAACGCUUAUAUCAACGAUAAAUUCGCAAGUGCUUUCGCUAAAGAAGGUAUGAAAGCAUAUGUCGAAUUAAUUCAAAGGAAAGAAAGAGAGAUUGGAUGUGAUGUAUUGACUCAUCAAAAAUGGUCAGGAGCAGAUUACGCAGAUUCCAUGAUGAUGACAGUCACAGGUGGAGUCUCUUCAACAGCCGCCAUGGGCAAAGGAGUCACAGAAUCUCAAUUCGGAGAUGAAAAAUCAAAGCAGGCUUUGCACAAGCUUUAA